UUACCCCACAAUCACUCUUUCUGCCAGCAGAAUCAGCCAUGGGACUUCUGCUGAUCCUCCUCAGCUGUUUUGUUGCUCUACUUGGAGGCCUGUACGUUCUCGGAGUUUUCCGAAAGCGCCGGCCAGGAGAGCCCCCUCUUGACAAGGGACUAAUUCCAUGGCUUGGCCAUGUCCUGGAAUUUCGCAGAGACACUUUAAAGUUCCUGGAGAGGAUGCAGAAGAAGCAUGGUGAUGUUUUCACAGUACAGCUGGGAGGAUAUUACUUCACAUUUCUGCAGGACCCACUUUCCUUUGGGGCUUUCGUUAAGGAGGCUCGAGAGAAGCUGGACUUUAAAAGCUUUGCCGAGCAGCUUGUUGAGAGGGUUUUUGGUUAUAAAGCAGUCGAGAAUGAUCAUAAUAUCCUGAUGAUUGCCAGCAACAAGCAUUUGAAAGGAGAAGGGUUGGAGUUAAUGACACAAUCCAUGAUGAGUAAUUUGCAAAACCUGAUGUUGCACAGUGUGGGCUCAGCUACAGAUCAGAGUCCCUGGAAGGAAGAUGGACUAUUCAUGUACAGCUACAACAUUGUUUUCAGAGCUGGUUAUUUGGCCUUAUAUGGAAAUGUGCCAAACAAGUCUGAAGGAGGUGAGGAAAAAGCCAAAGAAAAGGACAGAACUCAUUCCGAAGCUUUGUUUUACGAAUUUCGUAAAUAUGACCAACUCUUCCCCAACCUGGCAUAUGGAGUUCUUCCACCAAAGCAGAAGUGGGAAGCUGACAGGCUGCAGUCCUUCUUCUGGGAUGCUGUGUCUGUGCAGAACAUGAAAGCUAGGGACAACAUUAGCCGCUGGGUGUGGGACAUGCAGCAGGCCAAAGAAGAGGUGGGGAUGAAUGAGUCGAUGAUCAACAGGUACAUGUUUGUGCUUCUCUGGGCCUCUCAGGGAAACACAGGACCGGCUUCGUUCUGGCUUCUCCUCUUCCUCCUGAAACACCCAGAGGCCAUGAAAGCAGUGAGAGAAGAGGUUGAUAAAGUUUUGAAAGAGUCAGGGCAGGAAGUCAGACGUGGCGGCCCCUUGGUAGACCUUACCCGUGAAAUGCUGCUGAAAACUCCCAUCCUGGACAGCGCUGUGGAAGAGACCCUGAGGCUCACAGCAGCGCCCCUUCUCACCAGGGCUGUGCUCGAGGAUAUGACUCUCAAGCUGGCUGAUGGGCGUCAAUACCUUGUCCGCAAGGGUGACAGGAUGUCCAUCUUUCCUUACUCAGCAGUCCACAUUGACCCAGAGAUCCAUCCUGACCCACACACAUUUAAAUAUGACCGUUUUCUGAACCCAGAUGGCAGCAAAAAAACUGAUUUUUUCAAAGGUGGUAAGAAAGUGAAGUACUACAACAUGCCGUGGGGUGCAGGGGUCUCCAUGUGUCCUGGGCGAUUUUUUGCCACCAAUGAGCUGAAACAGUUUGUGUUCCUGAUGUUGGUCUACUUUGAGUUUGAGCUGAAAAAUGCAGAUGAGGAGAUUCCUCAAAUUGACUUCAGGCGUUGGGGAUUUGGAUCGAUGCAACCCAUCAGAGAUGUUCCGUUUAGAUACAGAUUAAGAUUUUAAAGAGAUUUCACUUAAAAUGCAGCAGUUGACUAUUGCGUAAUUAAAUAGCCUUACACUAAAAGCAUGGUCACCUUAUAAAAGCUGACAUAGAAUGUACUGAAAAUGUAUUAUGGUUUGCUGUAACACCAAACCUGUGAACAUACUCGAAUCAUUUAAAUAAAAUAUACUGUAUUAAUCCAAAGGAAAGUUAAAACA